UACACUUUUCCAUUUGUGGUCAGUGGUCCAGAUUAGCCGAAGUGACGUGAUUAUUCCAUUAAUAAUCAGCAGAGCUCUAUGGUGAAACUGCGAAGAAAUUGACUUUCGAUGUCCAGCUUCAUCGGACCAUUGUGACCUGAUGCAUUUUAUCCAGUGAAAGAUGUUUCACCAUGGUGAUAAUGAAGGCAAGAAAUCUCCGUUUGGACAUCCUGUCUGCAGUCAUAUUAUUCUCUGUAUCCUCCUCCUUCCUUGUCUGGUCACCGCCUUCCCGGUUAACUCAGAAGUGGAGCCGUUUUGCAAGGAUCCUGCUGUUCCUGAACAUGGAGUCCGAACUCCACAAUCUGGUUUGUUCUUUGAAAACUCAGUGGCCAGGUUCUCUUGUGUGGAAGGCUACAGGUUAAAGGGGCCAGGCAAGAUUGUCUGCACGCGCUUCAUUAAUGGUUCAUUUGGCUGGAAACCAAGCCUUAAACCAGUGUGCCUUUCAGAGGAUUGUCUUCCUCCAUUCAUUGAGGAUGCUGAUGUCACAAAUAAGCCCUACAGACCCGGGGACAGCCUUCUCAUUAGCUGUCAUGAUGGAUUUCAGAUUAGGUACCCUGACAUGGAAACUAUGGAAUCAGUCUGUCAAGCCGAUGGGACAUGGGAUAAUCAGCCAACCUGUCAAGGUUGCCUGCGCCCACUGAUACCUCCACACAGUUACAUGAACAUCUCAGAAACGGAGUUCUCUGUGCCUGUGGGAACAGUAGUCCACUACCAGUGUUUCCCUGGUUACAAGCUGGAGGGACCGGAGCUUCUAGAAUGCAUGUAUAACCUCAUCUGGUCAGACACGCCACCCCGGUGCCUUGAUGUUGAGGCUUGUUCCUUACCCCCAAUGAUGGAACACGGAGAUUACAUGUGCCAUCCACAACCAUGUGAUCGCUACAUUCAUGGGACAGUCGUGGAAUACUACUGUUAUCCUGGCUACUCUCUAGCGAAUGACUACAAGUACAUCACCUGUCAGUAUGGCCAAUGGUUUCCACAGAUGCAGUUCUACUGCAUCAAAGAUGAGACAACCUGGCCUGGUUUUCAGGAUUCUCUGCUGACUACAUGGAAAGUGGUAGCAUUUACAGCCACCAGUGUGCUGCUAGCCCUGCUCUUAGUGAUCACAACCAAAAUGUUCCUCUUCAAAUGCAAGUCCCAAGGUCCAAGUGAAGAGCAGGAUGAGAGCAGAGAUCCAAAUAUCUUGGUUGUAGAUGGCGUUGCUGUACCCCUUCCCUCUUAUGAAGAGGCUGUAGGUGGUACAUACUGUCACCCCCCAAGCGAUCUGCCCCCUGCUGGUCUGGGGGGCACACAUCAUUCAGAAGAACAAAACCCACCCUCAUAUCCAGGGUACUCUGGAAGUGAAAAUGGAGUGCCAUUGGAGACAGGUGAGGUUGAGACCUGUGAUAGCAUCUCAGACACAUCAGAAUGUCUCCAAGGCGUACAGACGUCGUCUUCCCAUGCAGGUGGACUAAAUAACAUAUCUGAGAAAACCAAUGCCAUCACUUCUAUGGAGGAGACUGCCUCCACAAGCCCAAGCAUUGACAUUGCUGAUGAAAUUCCUCUUGUGGAGGAUGCUGAAUAAGACUGCUGAUUGUUACCUUACAAUGACAAUAAGACACAAAUAUAUUUCAAAAUUGUUGGUUAUUUCAGCGUACAUCUCUAAUUUUGUUAAAAAAAACAUCACAUAAUGUCAACUUUUCAUUAGACAUACAUUGGUAUUUAAUAAAGAGUAUACCAGGGAAAUGAAGGCAAUAAAGUAAUGAAAAAUUAAAUAAUCCCCGUUAUUUGCUUAAGGAGAAACUAUGCAUCCAUCAUGGCAUAUUAUAAUAAAUGAAUUCAAUUUUACAUCUACGCAAGUGCUUAGAAAUGAUUUUCCCAGUGACUUUUUCUUGAUAACUGCGCUGCAUUCUGGACAGCUUUCAAACAGUAUGGACUGUAAGUAAAUUAAUUAAAAUACUUCUUAAAAAUCUGA